UAGCGGGAGAGACGAAGUACUUUUUAUUCUUUUCAUCUAGCACUUUAAAUCACCGGCGUUUCGAGUGAACUGUUGUAUUAUUCUUUGACGUUGUGGUGGACUUUUAUAGAACUCACCUAUAACAAUGCCUCGUGGUGGGAAAAAGGGCCACAAGGGCCGCGGGAAGCAGUUCAGCAACCCUGAAGAGAUUGAUCGUCAGAUGAGAGCCCAGCGAGAGAUGGAAGAAAAUGGUGGUGCAGAGAAAGAGGGCUCUUCAGAGUCUGAGGAGGAGAGCAGCAGCGACGACGAGUCUGAGGUUAGAAAGAGGAGUGGAGUGGAGGGGCUUAUUGAGAUUGAGAAUCCCAAUCGUGUCGCUCAGAAGAGCAAAAAGGUAGCUGAAGUAGACGUCAGCGCUCCCAGAGAGCUUUCUCGCAGGGAGAGGGAAGAGAUAGAAAAGCAGAAAUCAAAAGAGCGCUACAUGAAACUUCAUCUUGAGGGUAAGACUGAGCAGGCCAGGGCUGAUCUCGCCAGACUGGCUAUCAUCAAGAAACAGAGGGAGGAGGCUGCCAAGAAGCGAGACGAACUCAGGAAAGAGAAAGAAGCGGAAGAAGCCAAAGCAAAGCGCUAGUCCUCCACCUGAAAGGUUCACCAUGUACUUCACUCUCAGAGGGAUGGAGGGAGAAGCAGAGGAGAACGGGGAGGGGACCAUUAUGGGUAGUGUCAGAUCAGGACUGCUCUUAAACUCCUGUACCUCAUUUUAAAUCAAAGUUCGUGGGGCUUCCACGGCAAGAGAAAACAGGUGGAACAAAACAAGAUGAAGAGAAAUGGAACAUUUGGAAUGCCUCCAGGUUUCUUUAAAACUCCUUCAAGGUUCCAGAGGAGACAAUCGCAGGUUUUCCAAGUGCUUCACAGCCUCUUCAUUGUUCCACACCUACCAGGUUUUUAAUUCAAAAGCUGCUGAAGUUAUUUGCAUUCCUUUUGAUUUGUGCAUUUUUUUUUUUUUUUUUUAAA